UUUCCAAAGGUGGCCCUUGUACCACGGUGUUACGCCUGAUGGCAUCGCGGUAAACACGACACCCCUCCCCCAGCACAAUGACCGCCCUGCGCCGGAGCCGUGUGCCCCUCACGCUCCUGUGUGUCUUCGCCCAGACGGUGCUGCGGGGGGCCGCGUGCCCCGCAUCCUGCACCUGCUACGUGCCCACCGAGGUGCACUGCACGUUCCGAUACCUGACCGUGGUACCAGGGCACAUCCAGCCUGCUGUGGAGAAGAUUAACCUGGGCUACAACAGCUUAACUUUACUGAAGGAAAGCGACUUCGCUGGGCUGAGUCGACUGGAGCUGCUGCUGCUGCACAGCAACACGAUCCAUCAGGUGGAGGACAAAGCCUUCGGUGACCUCCAUGUCCUCCAGGUCCUGAAGAUGAGUUACAACAGGGUCAGAGAGAUCAACAAAGACACUUUCUUUGGCCUGAAGAGUCUGCUGCGGCUGCACGUGGACCACAACCGCAUCGAGUUCAUCCACCCCGAGGCUUUUUAUGGGCUCACAGCCCUGCAGCUGGUCCACCUGGAGGGCAACCUGCUCCAGCAGCUGCACCCUGACACCUUUGUGACCAUGCGUUACAGCCAGAUUUUCAAGACCUCCUCCAUAAGGAGCAUCCACUUGUCUGACAAUGCGAUGAGCACCUUGCCUGCCCGUGUCUUUUCUCCCUGCACCAAGCUGGAGAGCGUCUAUCUCCACGGCAACCCCUGGUCAUGCGAUUGCCGCCUGGAAUGGCUCGUGAAGUGGGCAAGAAAAGACCCAGGAGUGCUCAAGUGCAAGCGGGACAGGAAGCAUGUCAGGGGGGCCCACUGUCCCAUCUGUGAAACUCCAGCUGUCUCCAGGGGCCAGAACAUUGUCCAUCUCCCUCUGGAUGCCCUGUCCUGCAGCAAGCCAUGGAUUCUUGCUCGCUUGAAGGAGAAGAACCUCACCUUGGAUGAAGGUGAUUUCAGCACAGCCUCCCCUGGUGACUUCAUAGCACCCAUUGGCUCAUUGGUGAUGAACAUGACGGACCAGUUCCACAACGAUGCCAGCUUGGUCUGCACCGUUCAGAGACCAUCGCUGAUGGAGAACCUGACCGUGGCCCACAGCGAAGGCGUCGUCACACUGUGUGCCAAUGUGGCCUCGUCGCUGGUCUGCAACAUUGACUAUGAGCACAUCCAGCAGCUGUGGCGCAUCUUAGCCGCAUACAGCGACACACCGAUGAGACUGCAGAGGGGACUCAUGCUUGCCAAAACACCGGAGAUGAUCUACAGGUACACACAGAAGAACCCGGCGGGUGACAGCGAGGUCUUUACGAACGUCGAGGCCGAAAUCAAGGCCAACCCGGGGUGGCUUAUGCAGGAUGAAGUCUCCCUUCAGCUGGACCGCACCACCACCACCUUUACCGCCUUGCAUAUAAAGUACAUGUCAACUGUCCACCUGCGGGAGGACAGCAAAGUCCAAAGGAAAGACAGGUACAGUUGGGCCAUGAUCAAGAGAGACAAUCGGACCGAGACAGAGCACUCAGCUCUUGUUGGCGGUCUCAUUGACUUGAAAUGUCAGGUUUAUGGACAUCCUAAGCCUUCAGUUGAGUGGAUACUACCGGACGGCAGCAAAGUCCGCGCACCGUACAGUAAUGACGACGGAAGGAUCGUCAUCACAGACUCAGGGGGGCUCACGGUGAGGGCGGCCGACACAUCGGACACGGGACUUUAUCACUGCAUUGCCACCAACUACCUGGAUGCCGACGUCCUCACCUUUCGAGUUACGGUUUUACCUCCUGAGGUGGAAGAGGAAGAUGUGAACGGGGUCCGGCUUUCGUACUCUAUAGGUGACGACUUGCUUCUUGACUGCAGUUCUGCUGGAAACCCGAAACCCUCCGUUCGGUGGAUUUUGCCAGACCACACAGUGUUGGAUGAGUCUUACGGACACAGAAGGCUGUUCCAAAACGGCAGCCUGAGAGUACAAGGGCUGACACAGAGGGAUCGUGGGUUUUACAGAUGCCUCACUGCUAACCACAUGGGAGUGGACUUGUUAACCUCCCAGGUAAUGCUUUUGGGAGAGAGGCGCAAGGUGUUAGAAGCUGAGAGCUCAGGGGAUGAGUUUGACUCCAAUUUUGAGGAGAGUGUGGAGUCGGUCAUCACUGAGCUUCCUUCCUCUAGGUCCUUCAGUGGCCAGGAGUCUACGACGGUUACCGCAGAUCGCCCAUUCCCCAGACACCGAGCCUCACGGAAGAGGGUCUCUAGUGGCAUCAUCCAGAGAAGGAGGGGCUCCACAAGUAACUGGCGAGCAUGGGGAUCAAGGAGAACCUUUGAUAAAUCCUCCAGAAAAGCAGACCCCAAAAAGUGGGAAGAAAUGUUGACAAAAACCCAAAAAGGAAGAACAGAAGAUGUGAAAGAUGACACUGUGAUUACAUUAAAAUCUGGCCUCACAAAAGAUGAGCAUAUGGGCUCAGGUGAUGACUUGUCUGAAGGAGAGCUCAUCAUUGUUCCAAGCAAUAUGGUGGCAACCUCAGAGAUGCCGGAUGAGACACAAAGCACACUUUCUCAAACGGAUGCCACACCAGUUCUUUCUACAGCUUCGCUUGUUGAACCUGGAAGUGGUGGAACUACAAGCAGUCUAGUUCCACAGUUUAGAGUCACUCAUCACCAUAGUGUCACCCCCAAUAGCAAUAACCCUUAUAUUCUUGAGAGUAAAACAGAGAGGCCUCCAAAUCUUCCAAUGACACUAAAGAUGGAAAUGACCAAUUCCACCAGUGAAAUGCAGCUGAUAUUUUCAGGUGACAGCGAGGACACCGCCACGGGUAAGAUGACCCUGUUUGUGUCACAGUACCCAAAUGGUACCUCCAUGUUGAAUGGGCCCGGUCCAAGGGCAGAGCCAGUGGUCCACACAUCCUCUGGCCCCAACGGCCACACCACAUUCACAGCACUUACCACCACUGAGCAAGUGGCUGGUGAGAUUAUGUUUCAUACUACACAGAAGAUCAAGUCCCCAGGUCUCCCUGCUGGAUCUACCAUCAUCUCCCAUCAAGAAAUCCACAUCAUCCCUGCCCUCAAGCAGCGGCCUGGACGAAGACGAAGCUUCCCUGGCCGGAGGCGAAUCAUAAAGCCGAACAAAAUCACAGAUAUCAGUGCCUAUCUCAACAAGCUGAAGAAGCCACCAGGGGUAGAAAGACCUGAUAGUCGGGAUCCUUCUCGGUACACAACAGAAAGACCCGCCACAGCUGCCCUCAGCCCCUCACUCAUUACAUCCACCUCUUUUCCCGCUUCCGCUAGGGCAAGUACACCUGACAUGAAUGUGAAGGGCAUCACUAUGCAGCCUUCCACCAUAGGCCCACUGUCCACAACAAGGUCUAAUGACUUCAUAACCUCUGCAGGCUGUCCUGAUACGUACAUUUCACAAGCGCCCAGGGAGGUGGGGAAGAGUUCGUCCCGAAUGGACAGAAUAACUGCCUCCACAAAAGCCUCCACACCUUCCAAAGUAAUUAGAGGCAAAAUUCCAUGGCAGAAACUGUUUGGGACAAAAGACCACAAAGAGCUUCCGAAUAGACUUAGGAAGCCAGUGAAACCAACACCCACCGGAGAGAGUACAACAGCAGUUAAAACCACAAGCACCGCUGCCCCGGCAAGAGUCCCUCAGCUCCCCACUGCUGAAUCACUCAUCUCACCCAUCACCAUCAGACCAAGAGUAACUGAUGAGAAUACAGAGGCUCAGCCUACUGAGACCUUACCUGAGGACUUUUCUGGCUCAUCCUCCACCCCUGAACCUAAUGCUGAGUCCAGAUUUAGGAAAUUAACACCGGCUGUCCCCCCACUGAGUUUCAAUACAAGGACAUUUGUCAGUCAGUCUCCCACUAUUCCCCCCAGCUUUCCUUCGCAGGCCCACACCACCACCGCAAAAGCUUCUGCCACCACCCAGACCAUAGCCUUUCCACCAACAAUCCAACCAGUUGUGGAGAAGACCUUUGAAGCCUCGUCCAGCUCUUCUGGUUCAAUUUCUGGCUCAGGUGGGUACAGCAAAGAUGUUGUAUACAGGCGUGGGGGGUCAAGGAGACCAGUAUGGCCCCCCCGCAGGAACGGCUUCAGACGAAGAAGACCAGGGAAGAGUUUCACCACAGCAACUCCACGCACCACAGUGAAAACAACUACACAAAGUUCCAUCACUUCUGUGGCUAUCACAUCUACAGUGAGGAUGAUCCCAUCUAGUGUCACAAUGCUGCUCUCUAAACCGCAAUACACACUUUUCAGAGUGGCAGAGCCAGUAAAAUCCACAAGAACCACCACUGCUCGUUCUUCUGGAGAUGAAACCACCACCUACCCAAAUGCAGAAGACUGGAAAGAUUUGAGUGCUCUUACCACUAGUCCUUCCAAAGUUUCUACAACCACCACAUGGAGCAGAACAACCGCACGUCCAACAACACUUGAUAAAAACACACCUACAUCAAAGCCUUUGAAAACACAAACACAGACAUCACCUGCAGUGAGUAGAAUCAGGAGCACAGCUAACACCUUCAGCACAGAUACCUACAGAGGAAUUCCUCCAGGGAAAGAACCCCAGUAUCCAACAAGAAGGACCCCCAUAAAAAAGGUCAGGCCCCCCUCAUUCCCUGAGCGAAACACUCAGUCUGGGAUUGGAGAUGGAGGCAACAUGGAGCUACCUAGACCAGAAGCAGCUGAGACCAGCAAGCAUAGGGGUAUAUAUGGGCCAAGGGAUCGGGGGGCAACGUUCACCAUUCUUAGAGAAGAGCGGGGCAACGCCAGCACUCCGUCACCUUACAAGAUCCACAACUCCGUAUCAGCUGGGUAUGAUCUCCUCGAGGGGCAGGAAACCAGCACACCUCACACCAUCAACAGUGUGUCAUCAGCUCUGGAGACGGGGUCAAAACCCAAGAUCGUGGGAGGGAACGCUGCACAGUACACAGUGCUGUCCAACUCCGAUGCUUUUCUGCCCUGUGUGGCUGAUGGUUUCCCUGAGCCCAACAUCAUCUGGAAACGCUUCUCGUCCAUCACAGGAAGCACUUUGACCAUAAAGGGCAAGAUGGGAAAAUUCGAGGUGUUCAGCAAUGGCACCCUGUCUAUCCAGAACACCAAUAUGAAGGACCGAGGCCAGUACCUCUGCUUGGCCCAAAACGAUUUUGGCUCCGACAAACUGUUGGUAACCUUGUCCGUGGUGGCCUAUCCGUCACGGAUACUCGAGCCCAAGGUGCGGGAAAUAAACUCUCACCCUGGGAAUACCAUCGAGAUCAAGUGUAGGGCUGAAGGCCGCCCUGUCCCUCUCAUCUCCUGGAUCCUGGCCAAUCGCACCCAGGUCAGGGGCUACAGCUCAGACCGCGAGAGGGUGACGGUGACACCCGAUGGAACUCUGGUCAUCCAUCAGGUGUCUGCGUAUGACAGAGGCCACUACAAAUGCAUCGCCAGCAACCCUGCCGGCGUGGACACGGUCAGUGUGCGGCUGCAUGUGGUGGCAGCACCCCCUGGCAUCCUGGAGGAGAAACGGCAGUAUGUGAUUGGCGAAGCUGGACAAAGCGUGAGUCUUCCAUGCUCAGCCCAGGGCAGCCCUCAGCCCACUGUCCACUGGGUGCUCCUCGAUGGAACAGUAAUUCGGCCCCUGCAGGACAUCAGAGCUAAUGUCUCAUUGUUGGCUAAUGGCACGUUGCUCUUGAAGGACCUUUCUGACUCAGAAGGCGGGACGUAUGAGUGCAUCGCCACAAGCUCCACGGGCUCUGAGCGUCGCGUGGUCACCCUGAGCGUGAAGCAGACAGCCUUGGUGCCCCGAAUCGUGGAAGCCUCUCAGCGCUGGACUGAAAUCGGCUAUGGCCAGCAGCUGCUGCUCAACUGCUCUGCGGUUGGGGAGCCCAAGCCUGUGAUUCUCUGGAAGCUCCCAUCUAAGGUCGUUGUCGACCGGUGGCACAGAAUGGGAGCGCGGAUCCACAUCCUGGACAACGGAACUUUGACCAUCAGUUCCUUGAGUGAGAAAGACGCUGGAGAUUACCUCUGCAUCGCCCGCAACAAGAUGGGCGACGACCUGCAGCUCAUGAAGGUCUCCGUGUCCAUGAAGCCAGCUAAGAUCGAGACGAAGCUAUUCGAUAAGAAGCGGGUGCCCUACGGCGAUGACUUGAAAGUGGACUGCCGGGCAUCUGGUACCCCUGUCCCCGAGAUCUCCUGGGGCCUUCCAGAUGGAACCCUGGUGAACAGUGCUCUACAGGCAGAUGAUGGCAAGGGUCACACCCGUCGUUACGUGCUCUUCAACAACGGCACGCUGUACUUCAACAACGUGGGCAUGGAGGAGGAGGGCGACUACACCUGCUACGCCGAGAACACCGUGGGGAAAGACGAGAUGCAUGUCCACAUAACCGUAGUAAUGGCUGCCCCACGAAUCAGGACUCCAGGCCACACCUACGUUAAGGUGAAGGCCGGUGGCAAAGUGCGUUUCGACUGCGAGCCUGUGGGUGAGCCCAAGCCCAAGGUUCUGUGGAUGCUUCCUUCUCAAGACAUCAUCGCUGCCUCCAACGAACGCUAUCUGAUGCACGUCAACGGCUCCCUGGACAUUCGCAACAUCAAGCUGACCGAUGCAGGCGAGUAUGUGUGCGUGGCCAGGAACGCGGCAGGUGAGGACAGGAAGGUAUACAGGCUGGACAUCGACGACAACCCACCGAUCAUCAAUGGGUACCACACAAACAGAACGGUCGUGAAAGACUCCGCUGCCAAGUAUUCCAGGAAGAUGAUUGACUGCAAGGCCGAAGGGAACCCACCACCCCAGAUUACCUGGAUUAUGCCGGACAACAUCUUCAUCACAGCCCCGUACUUCGGGAGCAGAAUCAACAUCCACGAGAAUGGCACGUUAGAGAUCCGGAACGUACGUCCCACAGACACGGCCGAGUUCAUCUGCAUGGCACGGAAUGACGGCGGGGAGGCGGUCAUGGUGGUUCAGCUGCAGGUCACCAGCAUGCUGAGAAGGCCCAUUUUCAAAAACCCUUUGAAUGAACGGGUGGUGACCCGCUUGGGAAAAACCACGGUACUGAACUGCUCAGCGGAUGGGCAGCCAGUGCCAGAGAUUACAUGGCUGCUUCCCGAUGGGACUCGAGUCACUGGCACUUCCCGUGGGGCUCAGUAUCAGCUGGGAAAUGAUGGUGUGUUCAUACUCUACAGCGCCACCAAGGAGGACGCUGGCAAGUAUCGCUGUGCUGCCAAGAAUAGCGUGGGCUACAUCGAGAAGCUGAUAGUCCUGGAGGUGGGGCAGAAACCGUACAUCUUGACUCGACCCAAAGGCAUCAUCCGCAGCAUGUCUGGGGAGCCCUUGUACCUCCACUGCCUUGCUGAUGGCAGCCCCCGUCCUCAGGUCCACUGGACUCUCCCAGGGGGAGCUGUCUUGUCUCAUCCACAGGUGAGUGGCCGAUACAUGCUCUUGGAGAACGGGACCUUGAUUGUACGGGACUCGACCCUCCACGAUCGUGGAAACUACCUGUGUCGGGCCAAAAACGAUGCUGGAGAGGAUCUUCUCAUGGUCCCGGUCACUGUGGUCACUUACCCACCCCGCAUAACCAGCGGACCGCCGCAGACCUUGAGAGCAUUACCAGGACUGCCGGUGCAGCUCAGUUGUGCUGCUGUGGGACUCCCCCGACCCGAGAUCAGCUGGGAGCUACCGGACCGCUCAGUGCUGUCCUCCACCGGAACCGGUCAGACCACCGGUAACAAGCGGCUUCAUCCACAAGGGACCCUCAUCAUCCAGAGACCCACGGUCUCUGACUCGGGAACCUACAAAUGUGUGGCCAAGAACCACUUUGGAGCGGAUUCCAGGGUCGCAUACGUCCACGUGCUGUGA